CGAUAGGUAGCCGGAGAGGAAAGACGAAUUGUGUAUCCUGUGUCGCGCUGUCAUAAUAAUUACUUUACAAGCAGAAGGAGCUAGUGUAUUGAUUAUUCAAUCCGGAGAUUGUUUAAUAGUGUCGUCUGCUGUAAAUAUAUUUAUGAGAGUUAAUUGUUUGGAAAAAUAUUGAAAUAAUAAAAUAUCAAUUACAGAGGACACACAAAAAUGACUUGUGUUCUACCAGUGACACCAUUUUAUACAAAGGCGUUCAACAAGGAUGCCAGUGCGGAGUUACAAAAUAAAGGAUGUGAUAAUUUUGAUUUUGGCUGGAUAAAUGCUCAACAUAUAAAUCCUGGAUUAUUAAGUGAUCACAUAUACACAAGCACAUGUUCGUCAGUAUCGUGCCAAGAUGAAGUUACAAAUGAACUGUCUGCAACCAUAAAACCCGUGCAAUUUGAUUUGCAUAAUGAAGAAUGCCAGGACACAUAUAUAAAGGCAAUGGACAAGGAAAGACAUAAACCUUUAAGAGGUGAUAACAAGUUUGAAAUUUGCAAAAAGACACAAACGAAACCAGAGCCACAACAUUCAACGAAGCACGGAGUCAAAAGAAAAGCAGAUGUUACGGAGCCCGAAGAAUUAUAUAUUCCAUCCAAACGAGUCUCGCCAUUCUUAAACACACCCAAGGAAAGAAAGGACGAACGAAAGAACAUUUUGAAAAUUUCAGUUAAAAAGUUAAAACAAUUAGACGACCCCGAAACAUUUCUAAGAAGAACAGUUCUAGUAAAUAAUACAAUGAAAAAACUGCAGAGGGAGUUACGAGCAGAAAAUCUUAGAAAUAAAAAUAGAAAGUAUUUUAGUGGAUAUAAAGUACUGAACAAUAAUUGUAUGUCAGAUGCUUAUUUAAUUGAUGAUCCUUUUCUGAGUGGUGUUCAUGAGAAAAUCACAGACGAUAUGACUGACACACUCAUUAAUAACGUGUUACAUGUAGAUGAUUUACCAAACAACAUAUCUAAAGAAUCCGAUAUUGAGGAAGCUUAUACUGUCAAAGACAGUGGAAAUCUCUGAAACACUGCCGAUACUUAAUUAAGUCGUUCAACUUCUUCAUAUCGUUAAAAGGAAAUUGAAGAAGUAAUUCAAAUACAUUAAGGGUAAGAAAAGAGCGUAGCCAUCAUACCUGUUAAGAUGAUAGUUGGAGGGGGAGCAAGUAGAUGCAACGGAAACAGCUGUGUAUAAAACUUAAUACAAGCUAUUUGUGAAUCCGCUUACCUAGUUCGAAAUAACACUGAGACGAAACAAAACAAUGACAAACUUUCAGUGAAGUAAGAUUCAGUUGUGCAUCUUAAUCAAAGCCCAACAUUCUUCACCCAGCUAACCAAGUAACGCUUACAAAAUUGUCCAUAUAAAGUAUACAUACAGUUCAAAAGUAUUUACGUGUUUAGAAAUUGCAAUCAUUCAACAAGAAAUUGUUUUUACUUAAAUGUUGUUUAGAAAUGUUGGACCUUGAUCAAAAGUUGGCAAGCAAGUCAUUAUCGCAUUCCUCCAAUACAUUCUUUGCUGCAUUUGACAUAAAUCAUUCGAUACAAAGCCAAAUGCUUUUAAUAAAGAAUCGUUAUCUAUAAAUAUAUUCGUUGAGAUCAACAGAAUUAUUGUUUUGGGGAAUUAGGAUCAGUGGAAAGCAAAGGGGUUGAGAAUGAGGAGAAUUCUCUUCUUUGAAUACGUUUCAUUUUAUCUGUCUAGUCAUAUCUUUUUAUUGGUUUAACAAAUUUGUUAAAAGUACAUUUCAUCAACUCGUACAACUCGUACAACAUAUUUCUGUUUUUGUAAAAUUGAAAAAAAUAAUGGACAGUUCAAACUGAAAGUAUUAUAAAGUUCCUCACCAGUUCAAAUUACCUCUGAAAGUUUUAGUUGUCUCUUUUAUGUUUUAUGCGAUUAUAGAUGAAACAAAGUUAUUUCUCUAGAAAAAUUCUUCAUAAAUGCAAUUGCAAAUCUGAAUCUUUUUAACGAUAGUGUACCUGACAUUGUAUGUAAUGAAAAAAACAACAGUUUCUUUUCGUUAAUUAAAUUCGCAAAACUUAUUUUCUCGAAACACCAAUACCAGAAACUUUUACUAAUGUUUAGUUUUCUCCCAAAUCGUCUUAGGCAUUUAAAUACAUUACGUGACUUUAAAUGAUGUGGUUUUAUUUAUUCUGAUUGCUCAACCUUCCAGCCCAUUAUUACUACAAUCGUCUACAAAACACUUACAGAAAAUAUGAAGCAUAUUAAGCAAUUAUUGUGUGUAAUUUAAUGCAUGUUUACGUUCCAAUAUGUUUUUCCUUAAAAAGUUACCUGUUGCAGACCUAAUUAAAUGCAUUUAUGUAUUUAUCAGUUUAGCAUAUAUUGUCUACUUUCCUGGAUCUAUGGCUCAAAGUUGAGAUAAAUAUAGAUAUAUCGUAAUAUUAUAAAAUGACUUCACACGCUCGCUUAGAUUUUCUUAAAUUUUAAUAGAAAAGUCACAAACUAUGCCUAAAUAUAUAACAAUAAAAGAAAGGGAAUUAAUUCAAUAGUUCUGACGUCAAGGAAACAAGGGACGUAAUUUCAACGUCAAACAGGGGAGUUAACGACGUUAUGACGUUAUUCAUCUAUCCGUAUCAGGUGAAAUGUUCCGCAUGUUUAAUUUCGGUUUGAAACAGUCAAUAAAGUAUUUUUCUUUUGUUAAUCUAGCUGAUAAACUGUUCGUUUUCAUUUUAUAAAAUGGGAAUAAAGUAAAUUUUGGUUCUGUUGUACAGCAAAUGUCUAUAUGACUUCUUAUAUAUAUGUACUUGCACGAUUCGCUAACAGUGACCUGAUGAUAAAAUGGAUAGAAUUUUAGUGAAGCUGCUUCCAUUGUAAUCAGAAACAUUUACAGUCUACUUUAAAUGAAAUAUCAAGGUAUAUUAUCUUUUACAUCAAUUUCGUUUGAAUAAAAUAUUCAUGUUGUUAUUGAUAUAUAUAUAUAUAUAUUGAAUGGGCAUUAUAGCGUUAUCUCCAUCCUUUUAUAAUGUACAACCUCUCCUGAGCGGCCCUCUCUUAAGCAAAUACCUCUCUAUAACAACAUCAUUAAAAUUUCCCUAAGCUGAAAUAUACUACCAAAUUUACCUCUCCAGAACAACAAUCUCUACAUAACAGUCAAUUCUUGUAUCUCCCAAAUAAUGUUGCUCUACAGAGGUUGCACUGUAAUAUAAUUUAUACUUUUAAAUUGAUUAUAACAGUUGCAAGACUCAAUUGUUUUUAAUAGCACAAUCUAUUACAGUGAUAACAUUACUGGAGUUGGUUUGAGACAGGUGUCAAAUGAUGGAACUAUUUUAUCUUAUAUGAAAUUCGAUUUGAUCUGACGAUCUGACAAAAAUACAUCACUCGCUAGAAUCCAUUGAGAAAGGAAAAAAAGCUGUCCAAUAGCACAUUCGGUUGGUCUGAUUCUGCAAAUGAGAUGGAAAUAAAUGCGCAACACAGCUUACGUCUUUUAGAAAUAUUAUGCAUACUUUCAAAUACGUCAAUAAUAUCCUUAUAAGGCCAUAUAAUUUAGAUAUUACGCUUACCUGAUACAAGCAUGUCUUUUGAUUACGUAAUUUUCUGCUUUCAUAUCUUAAAAUCGCCGAUACCACUAAGGCAAUAGAUUGUUAAUAGACUAGUGUGUCUGUUUUUGACAAAAAGUCUGAAUAAACCUCAUUUUCAUCUUGUAAUGUUAAUGUACGCUUAAAAUAAAUUAACGUUUGUAUAGUAUUUUUUUGAUGAUGUAAUUGAUAUGAUCUGAUAAUAGAAGUGAAGCAUUAUCAGUGAUACAUGUAUGUUGUAAUUUUUCGAAACCAUGAUUAUUUGUAAGGUAAACAUUACGACAGCUUCUUCGUGCUAAUAGUGCAACCCGUAAAGAUUGUCUACUAUAAUAUGUUAACAAAUUGAUCUCAAAGGAACGUCUAUUUUGUUAAUCGGACAGACUGUAUUUAGUUGUAUUUAUUCCCUUAUAUAUUUGGAUUUGUUUGUUUGUUUGUUUGUGCUGGGUUUAACGCCAUUUUCGACAGUAUUUCAGUCAUGUAACGGCGGGCAGUUAACCUUACCAGUGUUCCUGGAUUCUAAUCCAGUACAAACCCGUUCUCUGCAAGUAACUGCCAACUUCCCCACAUGAAUCAGAGGUGGGACUAAUGAUUUCAGACACAAUAUCGUUUAUCAAAUAGCCACGGAGAACAUACGCCCCGCCCGAGAAUCGAACUUAUGAACCCACGAUCCGUAGACCAACGCUCUACCUACUGAGCUAAGCGGGCGGGCUCUUAUAUAUUUGGAGCCUUACUCCAUGAUAUCGAAUUUGCUAUUGCUUUGCUUGUUGCGUUCAGGUACAUUUGGUAAUCACUAUGCCUUUUAGUAUUAGUUCUUUUAAUGUAAUGAUAUCUAAUAUCAAACUUAUUUGUUUGUAAAAUGAAAUGUAAAGUAUAUUUAUUUGAUAGGUUUACAAAGCACCUAUUCUUAUGUAAAAUAAAAUACCGGAAAAAUA